GCGUUGCCCCGGCCGGACACGGCGCCCGGGGCGGAGAUGGCGGACGAGCCGCAGAAGAAGCCGCACUUGUCGGCCUUGGUGGGACACACGAACGGGCUUACCAAGCCCGCCUCGCUGGCCGCCACCCGCUCCACGGGAGGGGGAGGAGGAGGCGCGACCGCCUCCUCCAAGAAACUCGUGAUCAAGAACUUCAGAGAAAGACCCAAAUUACCAGAUAAUUAUACUCAGGACACCUGGCAGAAACUUCAUGAAGCAGUGGGAGCAAUACAGAGUAGCAUUUCUAUUAAAUACAACCUUGAAGAGCUCUACCAGGCUGUUGAAAAUCUCUGUUCCUACAAAGUGUCUGCUACACUGUACAAACAGCUGCGACAAGUCUGUGAAGAGCAUGUGAAAGCACAAAUCCUUCAGUUUAGAGAAGAUUCUUUGGAUAGUCUUUUAUUUUUAAAGAAGAUAAAUAAAUGCUGGCAAGAUCAUUGCAGACAAAUGAUCAUGAUCAGAAGCAUUUUCUUAUUUUUGGAUCGUACAUAUGUGCUUCAGAAUUCAGUGCUUCCUUCUAUAUGGGAUAUGGGGCUAGAGUUAUUUAGAAACCAUAUCAUUAGUGACAAGCAAGUUCAAAGCAAGACUAUUGAUGGAAUUCUCCUGCUGAUUGAACGAGAACGAAAUGGUGAAGCUGUGGACAGAAGUUUGCUGCGGAGUUUGUUGAGCAUGCUCUCAGAUCUGCAGGUUUACAAGGAAUCAUUUGAACAGAGGUUUCUGGAAGAAACAAAUUGUUUAUAUGCUGCAGAAGGCCAAAGAUUAAUGCAGGAAAGAGAGGUGCCAGAAUAUCUUCACCAUGUUAAUAAACGUUUGGAAGAAGAAGCAGAUAGAGUAAUAACGUAUUUAGAUCACAGCACACAGAAACCACUGAUUGCUUGUGUGGAGAAGCAGCUACUAGGUGAACACUUAUCAGCUAUUUUGCAAAAAGGGCUUGAUAGCCUUCUCGAUGAAAACAGAAUACCAGAUUUAACCCAGACAUACCAGUUGUUCAGCCGGGUAAAAGGUGGGCAGCAGAUCCUUUUGCAACAUUGGAGUGAAUACAUCAAGAACUUUGGGACAACAAUAGUGGUUAAUCCUGAAAAAGACAAGGAUAUGGUGCAAGAGCUACUAGAUUUUAAGGAUAAAGUGGACCAUAUCAUAGAAGUGUGCUUUCAGAAAAAUGAAAAAUUUAUAAACUUGAUGAAGGAGUCCUUUGAAACAUUUAUCAACAAGAGACCAAAUAAGCCUGCAGAAUUGAUAGCAAAAUAUGUGGAUUCCAAAUUAAGAGCUGGUAAUAAAGAAGCCACAGAUGAAGAGCUGGAAAGAAUCCUUGACAAAAUCAUGAUCAUAUUUAGAUUCAUUCAUGGGAAAGAUGUGUUUGAAGCAUUUUAUAAGAAAGACUUGGCCAAAAGACUGCUGGUUGGAAAAAGUGCAUCAGUAGAUGCUGAGAAGUCCAUGUUGUCAAAGCUUAAACAUGAAUGUGGCGCUGCUUUUACCAGCAAACUGGAGGGCAUGUUCAAGGACAUGGAACUGUCCAAAGAUGUCAUGGUACAGUUCAAGCAGUAUAUGCAGAACCACAGUGACCCAGGAAAUAUAGAUCUGACAGUAAAUAUAUUAACUAUGGGAUAUUGGCCAACUUACACACCUAUGGAAGUCCACUUAAAUUCAGAGAUGAUAAAGCUUCAAGAGAUAUUUAAAACCUUUUACCUUGGGAAACACAGUGGUCGAAAACUUCAGUGGCAGACCACUUUAGGGCAUGCUGUCCUAAAGGCAGAAUUCAAGGAAGGGAAGAAGGAGUUUCAAGUAUCACUCUUUCAGACAUUAGUACUGCUUAUGUUUAAUGAAGGAGAUGAAUUCAGUUUUGAAGAAAUUAAAAUGGCUACUGGUGUAGAGGACAGUGAAUUAAGAAGAACCUUGCAGUCUUUAGCUUGUGGAAAAGCACGAGUAUUGAUUAAAAAUCCAAAGGGCAAGGAUGUAGAAGAUGGAGAUAAAUUCAUCUUUAAUGGUGAUUUCAAGCAUAAAUUGUUUAGAAUAAAGAUCAACCAGAUUCAAAUGAAGGAAACAGUUGAAGAACAGGUCAGCACAACUGAAAGAGUAUUUCAGGACAGGCAAUAUCAGAUUGAUGCUGCUAUUGUACGAAUAAUGAAGAUGAGGAAGACUCUUGGUCAUAAUCUUCUUGUUUCUGAAUUGUAUAAUCAGCUGAAAUUUCCUGUAAAGCUUAUCUACUAGAGCAAGAAAUGGGAAAUAACAUAGAAUUAAACCCAAAGAUUAAGGUAUUGUGUGAACAGAAAUAAGUCUGAGUAUCAGUAGCAUGUCAGUUACAUACUGUGGUGCAAUUUUUAUGUAGCUUUUAGCAGUGUUUUUUUUUUAUGUUUGCCUUUGUAUUAGUAACUGUUACACUAAUCUCAUCUUUUCUUGUAGCCUGGAGACUUGAAGAAGAGAAUUGAAUCUCUCAUUGACAGAGACUAUAUGGAGAGAGACAAAGACAACCCCAAUCAGUACCAUUAUGUUGCAUAAAGGAGAAGAAAUAGUUUUAUUUUAAAAAGAUAAAAAACAAACAAACAACAAAAAAAAAAAAAAAAAAAAAAAAAAAAAAAAAAAAAAAAACCAACAAAAUCAUCCACAUAUAUCUUCAGGACACCAAAUACCUAUGCUCAUCCAGACUUCCCUUUUAGCAGAUUUCAGGUUGAUGUAUAUUGUUCAACCAGCUGCAUGUACUGCUGUGGAAAAGAGGCAAAAUGACAUGUUAAUUGAUCACUUUUGUCAAGACUUCUUACUAAUUUUAAAUGUCCUGGUUUCUUUUUUUUCCCUUUCCCUAAUCUUUUGUUCUCUUGGAUUCUUCAAAAUUUAGUUUUACAGUUUUGUUUAACAAUGUCAUUGAAGUUGGAUGGAAAGGUAAAAUCACCUGUGUUAGAGAUACUUCUGUGAUGGAUGCAAGUCAGGUUUCUUCAUUUAGGUGUACCUAACUGCAUCCGUGAAGUCCCCAAAUGCUGCGUUCUUUAGCUACAGUGACAACCUGGGUAACUUUUUAAAAACCCUUCAUUGAUGAACAUGUAUGUACAAGCAGUGUUGUUGAAAUACACUGAAGUUUUGCACCAUGAAAAUCCUUAAACUUGUGUUCAGUUAAUUUUCUUUGAAGUUAAUACAAACUUCAGUCUGGUUUGGAUAAAUCAGGUUUUAAAGUGAGAUUCUUGAAGUGCCAAGAGGACAACUGUAUUCAUGUGUGUACUGAGCUGUUGGAUUAUUUAGCUAAAAUACGAAUUGUUCUACUAUUACUACUUCUGCUGGCUUGGGUGGCAAAGAUUAGAUCUGAGUCAGAGGCCCUACCUCAUUUUAGGGCAGCAGGUAUAUUUCAUUGUUUCUUGUUACUUGCCGUAACAUUUAUUCUGCCUUGAAAAUAGCAUCCAGGGAAACCUACUGUACAGUGUGCUCCACUUGAAGAAAACAAAACCUUUUUUUAAAAAAAUACUUUUAUGGUCUCAAUAUAAAAGAGAAUAUUUAUUUCUCUUUUAAAUAAGAAAAAUGAAGGCAUAGCUUUUUGUCUUGAAAGACUAAGGAUUUUGUGAGUACUUUGUUACAUACUGUACAUAUGUAAGUUGAUUUGAAUUAAGGAGUGAAAGACACUGUAGAUCCAUUAGAUAACUAUAAGGAAAACACCUUUUCUGGUAAUACUUGUAAGACUGUUGAUUUUCCUGAUGUCUACUGGUAUGUUUCAUUCUGAAAAAGAGCUACCAAAGGAGUUUUGAUCAUCUACAUAAAUGACAAUUGAGAAAUAUUUUCUUGAGAGAUACCUUACUAAGUUUGUCAUGUGGGAUUUGUGCAUCAAUUAAAAGGCCACUUCUUAAUGUAAACAAUGCUAUGAGGUGACAACUUGUGAAACUACAUAUUAAAAUCCUUAUUCUGUCCUCUGGUGUCAUUAAUUAUAUUGCAUUCUGAAUUGUUUCUGUUCCCUUUGUGUUUAGAAACUAAACACAUUUAGUUUAUUGUAUUUAAAGCAUAUUUAAUAUUAUAAUUUAAUGUAGACUUAUUUUAAUAUUUGAAUCUUCAGUCAAUGCAAAUAAAAUCUUUGAUGCAUA